CCUGCCGUAAGUGUCAUGGCGGCAUCCCUGCGCCUCGGUAGGUGUCAUGGCGGCCGGCGGAAGCGGAAGGCGCUCUGUUACGGGGCACGCCCCGCUGGUGCCGGUGGCGGAAGCGCGCGGCGGGGGGUCUGUUCCCGCAGGAUGCUGUCGCGGGGCCGGCGGCUGCUGCGGCCGCUGUUCCGCGGGCGCCUGCUGCUGCUGACCAACACGGCGAGCUGCGGCGCGCUGCUGGCGGCCGGCGACACGCUGCAGCAGGCCUGGCACCGCCGCCACCACCCCGACACGCAGCCCCAGCUGGCACGCACAGGACGCAUGUUCGCCGUGGGCUGCAGCCUGGGCCCCCCCUUGCAUUACUGGUACCUCUGGCUGGACGCGGCGUUCCCGGCGCGGGGCAUGAGAACCGUCCUGAAGAAAGUCCUGAUCGACCAGCUGGUGGCAUCGCCCGUCCUGGGCUCCUGGUACUUCCUCGGCAUGGGCGCACUGGAGGGCCAGUCGCUAGAGGAGAGCUGGGGGGAGCUGAAGGAGAAAUUCUGGGAGUUUUACAAGGCUGACUGGUGCAUCUGGCCGGCUGCUCAGCUCCUCAAUUUCCAAUUCGUCCCCCCCAAAUUCCGGGUGGUUUAUGUCAACGUGGUGACGCUGGGCUGGGACAUCUACCUCUCCUACCUCAAGCACCGGCCUGAUCGUACCAAGAACCAGCACGACGUCAGGACGUAGAAGCAGCUGCUCACGACCGUGACAUUUUGCCCACGAGCCCACGCUUUGCCUGACCCCCCGGCGACGUUCUUGCCCAAAAAUGGCAUUUUUCCCCUUUUUCCAGCGUUCCCCCGCCUGGCCGCCGCCCCCUCGGCUCCUCAGCCCUUUUACCUGCUCAUCCUUUACUUUUGAGCUGGAUCGAGGAGCCGCUCGCCCCGUUUCCCCCCACACCCCUGCAGCCCACCUGGGUUGAUAUAAAUAGGGGUGCGAUGGCUGCCGCCCACUCGCCACGUUUGCCAGCGGCCGAACCAACGUGGAGGCGGCCGGGGAGGGGGGUUUUAAGGUGAAUUUUGCAGGAUUUGGGACCAAAACACCCUUCGGAUCGCAGCCAGACCUUCCCCCAUAACCUGAGACCUUCAUUCAUUUCCAGCAGCGAGGAAAGCUGCCUAAAUGGGAUUCUUUUUAAAUAUAUGUAUUUUUUGAAGCUGUGCCUUAUUGGCGGCUCUGUCCCCGUCCCCCUGGGGUGACCCCCCCCCCCCGCUGCCGAGCCACCACGUGGUACAUAUUAAUUAAGCAACCAGCUAAUUUUUGCUCCUACCCAGCAACAGGAGGAGCGAAGACCCCGAGGAACAGGUGAUCAGCAUCGAUUUAUUUCUUCACAACAUUUCUUUUAAUACAGUGAUUUUUAGGAAAUUGUA